AUGGAGAAAGUCCGCACCUCCAAGGUCGGCCACUUCCUCAACAAAAUCGCUGUCGAGAAUGAGUCCGGCCUCACCAAUGCCCAGCUCAUGCUGUUCAAUCACGACUUGAAGCCCGUUGAGCCCGAACGUCGUCAAUGGGGAGCCUGGAACUUUGUGUGCUUCUGGAUUGCCGAUUCCUUCAACAUCAACACCUGGAUGAUUUCCUCCUCCAUGAUCGUAGCCGGUCUUUCGUGGUGGCAGUCAUGGAUCUGUGUCUGGAUUGGCUAUGCUAUUGCUGCAUGCUUUGUCUGCAGCACCGGUCAUAUCGGUGCCACCUAUCACAUCAGUUUCCCCGUCGUCGCUCGGUCGUCCUUCGGUAUCUGGGGUGCUCUCUGGCCUAUCUUUAACCGUGCUGCCAUGGCCUGUAUUUGGUAUGGCGUGCAGUCUUGGAUCGGAGGCCACUGCGUAUAUCUUAUGAUCCGCGCCAUCUGGAACAACUGGAGACCCGACAACAUCCACAACGGCAUCCCUGCCUCUGGCACUAACACAGUCAUGUUCGUUAGCUUUCUCUUUUUCUGGGCUGGCAGCUUGCCCGCCAUCUGGUUCCCCGUCGAGAAGAUCAGGCAUCUGUUCACCGUCAAAGCCUACUUCGUUCCCAUCGCUGGCUUGGCCUUCUUCAUCUGGGCCGUUGUUCGUGCUAAAGGCUUUGGCCCAAUCGUCCACCAGGGAAGCACUGCUCACGGAAGCGACCUCGGAUGGCAAAUGGUCAAGGGAAUCAUGAGCUCCAUCGCCAACUUCGCCACGCUCAUUGUCAACGAUCCCGAUUUCGCUCGUUUCGCCCACAAGCCCAGGGACGCGCUCUGGUCGCAGCUUAUCACUAUCCCCGUCGGUUUCGCCGUGACCUCCUUCAUCGGAAUCAUCGUCGGAUCAUCCUCCACCGUCAUCUUCGGAGGCGAGCCGAUCUGGAACCCCCUCGACCUCCUCGAGCAAUUCCUCCAAGAAGGCGGAUCCGGCCAGCGCUUCGGCGUCUUUAUCAUCGCUGCCGCCUUUACCCUUGCCCAGCUCGGCACGAAUAUCGCUGCCAACUCCGUCUCUGCUGGCACUGACAUGACCGCCCUCCUCCCUCGCUACCUCAACAUCCGCCGCGGCGGCUACAUCUGCGCCCUCGUUGGCCUCGUCAUUUGCCCCUGGAAAUUGCUCAAGUCCUCAAACUCCUUCCUCACUUACCUCUCCUCCUACUCCGUCUUCCUCUCCUCCAUCGCCGGCGUCAUCGUCUGCGACUACUACGUCGUCCGCAAAGGCUACCUCGAGGUCAAGAAUCUCUACUCUGGCAAUAAGACCGACCCCUACUACUUCAGUUACGGCGUGCACUGGCGCGGAUACGCUGCUUACUUCGCCGGUAUCCUCAUCAACGUCGUCGGUUUCGCUGGUGCUGUCGGUCGCAAGGUCCCUGCUGGCGCGACGUACAUCUACAACCUCAACUUUUUCGGUGGAUUUAUUGUUGCGAGCGUGACGUACUGGCUGCUGUGCAAGUUCUUCCCCGUCCCAGCGUGCAAAAAGAAGUGGUUGGAGGUUGGGGACGAGAUCCGCAAUAUGAGCGUGGCGUAUAGCCAGGAUAGCGACGAGGACGAUUAUGAUGAAGAGAGCAGUGUCAUCCUUCAUCCCAUCUUCCAGUCGUAUCAUUUGUAUUGCGCCUCUUCUCUCAAGGGCGGUUCAUAG